AUGAAGGGGUCCUGGAAGUCCCGCGCCCCGCCUCCAUUGGAUGAGCAUGACGACGACGCGGACCGGAUGACUUUUGCGAGCAACGAUGCCGCCUCAUUCAUUGACCUGGAUACGCCCUCCUCGCCCCUUACAUUUGCUCGCCAUCGCAAGGACUCGCUUGACUUGGAGGAUGACUCUACGCGGCUCCUGCACUCUCGGAAGUCGAACAAAACAGCGGGCAUUCGUAUCGUGACAGACGAGAGCAGCAACGAGUACUUCGGGAAACCGCCUUUGCCCACCGCGCCGAAGCCGAACUUUAGGCGUUCCGCAUCUGCAGGGCCUUCAAAGCCCCGUAGUAGUAGCGGACCGGCCUCAGCGCCUCCAGAACCGAUACCGCCGACCACAAACUACUUGAGUGCAGAGGCGCGGGCCGACCUCGUGCGCAAAUCUCGCAAGUUGACGCAGGUUUUCGGAACAACGCCAUCUGUCGGACAUGUGCAGGCGCCGCGCCAACACACGCGAGGAGCAUUGUCCAUGGCGGAAGGCGUUGGCAGUCCUACCCGUGGGAGUCUACGCUCUCGCGCGCCUCCCUCGCCGCUCGAUACGGCUUCAUUGGCGGGAAUGUUCAGCGACUCCGCGCAGAUCGCCGACUCUUCGCGGAGUUCGCGAAGGCCGGGGCGCUCGCGAAGAGCAGCUAGCCCUGGCGACCGGCGCUCGUUCAUUGAUCUCUCGGACGAGGAAGGUUCCACGCCAGAAGAUGGUCUUCGGUCCGGACUCAAGCGCCCCACUUCACCUUCUGGCCUCAGUGUCGCUUCUCUCACCACCAUCGAGGUCGCCCAGGAGAACCGCAAAAAGCAACGCGACCGGCUGGCGAAGCUGCAUCGUUACCUCGGCUCUCGCGUACCCGCAGAACUUGUCCUCGGCACCAUCGCAGACGACAACUCUCUUCCUUCACCCGAGCCCGUCUUCGACCCACCAACACAGGAAACAGAUCCGAAAGCGUGGAAGCGCCUACGCCGUCGUUCAUCAUCUGCCGCUGAGAUGAAAACUCGUUGGUUCGACGAUGGAGAGCGAGUCAAGGCUAACCUUGACGAGCGAGAGAAGGCUCUGAACGUUCGGAGGGCCGUCAAGAUGGAGAAACUUUUCGGCGUCCCGCCGCCACAGACGCUCUAUCACACACGAGCGACCUCGCCCGGAGCAACCUCGCCCAUCUCUUCGUCACCGACCUCACGCAAUCCGAACCAGUCAGCGUACAUCAACAAGGGAAAGGCUACCUCGGGCGGCCGUACACCUCGGCGUCGGACUAGCACAGCCUCCGAGAGCAUGCAAAACCUUCUCGGCGAGGAUGGACCUUCGAAUCCCUUCGCAGACCCUUCGCCUUCCGGCCAUUCACGGCGCACCUCUUCUGUGUAUAUGCAGUACCGCUUCUCGCUCAAUUCACUGAACGACAUGAUCGACCGCGACGACAAGGAGAGCAUAGCCGAGAUACACCAGUAUUUGACUUCGACAUCCGAGCUUUUGCCCGGUAGCGAUGACGAGGAUGUGCGCACCACGACACCGACGCCGACCAAUACAACGAGCGCAGCCUCGCCUGUUCCCUCGACCUCUGAUGCGUCGAGCAUCAAAUCUCUUCGUAGACGCUCGCUUCCCGUUCGCGCGAGCCAACUCUCUCUCGCUUCUCAGUUCACCGCUGCGGAGGAACCGGCCAUGAAGACCUUCCAGACGCGCCGGCGACGUGCAGCGAAGCUAACCAGCUUCUUCGGCGUUGACUACCGCAUGCUCGUCGGCGACAUCCUCGAAAGCAUCGAAGAGGAUGUCGAGCAGGAGAGCCGUCGUGGUGGGCUACAGCCUCACGAGGCGCAGGAUCUGCUCCAGAAACUGCGCAAGUUGAAGACCAAGCGCCUCUGA